AUGGUCCUGCUGGCCACCUCAGCGGCCGGGCUGCAGCGGCAGCUAAACCUACUCCAGCAGUACUGCCGGCAGUGGGGCCUCACUGUCAACAUCGACAAGACCAAGCUCAUGCUGCUCAGUGGGCGGCGGACCCAGCACGCGGCGCAGCAGACAGCAGAGGCAGCAGGCCUCACCUUCGCCGGCCAGCAGCUGGCGGCAGUCACCAGCUUCAAGUAUCUCGGCAUCGCCUUUCACUCCAGCACCUGCCUGGCAGGGGCAGCAGCGCCAGCCCGGGCACAGCUGGCGCGCCUGGCUAUGCACAACUGCCGGACCCGCUGCGCAGAGGUGGGCAUCGAGGCGGCGCCCGUCCAGCUGCGGCUUUUCGGCACCAUGGUGGACUCGGUGCUGUCCCAUGGUGCUGAGGUGUGGGGCGUGCAGCUGGCGGCCAAAGCGGCGUGCUGCCAUCGUGGCAGUGCCGGCAGCGCGGCCGAGAAGCUGCAACUCAGCUACCUACGCCACCUGCUGGGGGCCACUACCGACCUGAGCUGCCCCAAAGUGGUGCCCGUCGCCCAAGUGAAGAAGGUGCAAGACAUCCUGUCAAAGAAGCCGGGCGCGUGGAAAGGCUUGGUGCCGGGCGCCGUCGCCAAUGGCGCAUGGGGCGACAUUUACGGGGCUGGAGCAGCUCAGAGCAACAACUCUGGAGCUGUGGGCACUGGCUACAACAUUUUGCUUGCCGGUCCCAACGCGUUCACUGCCAGCCUGUCUGGGGUGGACCAAGGCCUGAUCUUCAGCUCCAUCUUCUCCACCAACCUGCCCAUCUCCAACGCCGCCUCCACGCAGAAGCAGUCAUCAAACUCCAUUGGUGCGGAAGGGACGUACGAUGGAGUCACGGCGGGCGCCAACGUCGGCUUUGGCAAGUCCAUGAGCCAGCAGUCUGACAGCCAGGACGUGGCCACCGUGUACGAGUGCUUCACCUCCUACGAGAGCUUCCGCCUCGGAGACUUCGGCAGCGCAGGGCCCUCUGUCCUGUCCGCCAAGUUCUACUCCGACACAACCAGCCUCAUCAAGGCCAUGGUGUCUGCCAACUUUGCCAUCACCAACCCCACACUGGCGGCCAGGUUGACAACCUGGGGGGCGGCCUACGGAAGCCACUAUGUGCUUUCUUCUUACAGCGGCGGCUCCUUCUCCCAGGCGUGCCUGAUGUCUGCAUACGCGUAUGCGACCGCCAAUGCCAAAGACUUCAGCUACGGCGCCAACGUCGGCGCGGCAUCCGCCAGCGUCAGCGCAAGCGGCUCCUCCAGCUCCUCCGUCUCCAACGACUUCAAAAGCAUCGGAGCCGAGUGCGGCUACGUGCAGUCGCCCGGCAGCGUGGCUGUGCCCACCUCCAACGGGCAGCCGCUGGUGUCCACCUGGCUGAACAACUGCCUGGCGGCCGGCAUCCUGCAGCCGGCAGGCUACAAAGUGCAGGAGAUUGCAUUCCUGUUCUCGUUCGACAACCUGUGGCCCGACACUGACCCAGCGCUGCUGCCCCAGGUGCAAUCGCUGGUGCGCAGCUACUGGAAGGCGUGUGCACCAGGAAACUCCAACACAUGGCUGUGCGCGCCGUACAGCCCCACUUGCGCCAAGCAGACGUACGCCUCUGGCAACCAGUGCCUGUCCUGCUACUCCUCGGGCCCACGCUGUGCGAGGCUGAGCAGCGACGCGAACUUCAACUCAUGCAACUCGAACAAGUGCAACUGCAACUCCCCCUGGAGCGGCUCCACCUGCGGCACCGCCAACCUGGGGGUGUGCUGGUCGGAAGGGUGCGGCGCCAACUGCUGCAAGACCUACUGCAACCAGUGCGCCCCCGGCUUCAGCGCGGUGGCUGCCCAGCCAUCUGGCACCAAGUGCGCGUGCACGUGCAAGCCCAACAACGGCAUCCAGAACGGCUGGACCUCGUACGGCGUGGCCCAGAGCUACUUCAAGUGGAGCGGCAACUGCAAGAGCGAUGCCUGCGUGUCCAACGACCUCGUCAGCAUCUACGGCACCAAGUGCGGGCCUUGA